CUGUGACGUAUCCUAUAAUGGCGAUACCCUUGUUACAAUGGGGACUAUUGUUGACCACUUGUUACCGAAUUUGUGAAUAAGUGUAGAUUAAUCGUAUAGUGCGUGCGUGUUUGGGUGAUUGACCGUGAAGGCUUCAUGUUGAAGCAGUCCAGUGCAGCAGGUCCAUCCAACGCCUCUCCUCAACAGAUGAAAGAAUCCAAGGAGCACUUCUCAAUGACGGGGCAAUCACCGCUGGACCACAUUAAGCCAUGCUGGUACUGGGACAAAAAGGAUUUGGCCCACACCCCAUCUCAGUCCGAGGGCCUGGACCCUGGCACAGAGGCCCGGUAUCGCAGAGAAGGAGCACGCUUCAUAUUCGAUGUCGGGACACGACUUGGCUUACACUAUGACACACUUGCAACUGGCAUCAUAUAUUUCCACCGCUUCUACAUGUUUCACUCCUUCAAGCAGUUCCCCAGAUACGUGACGGGCGCCUGCUGCCUUUUCCUGGCUGGGAAAGUGGAGGAAACCCCAAAGAAGUGUAAAGACAUCAUCAAAACAGCCCGCAGCUUACUGAAUGAUGUGCAGUUUGCACAGUUUGGAGACGACCCGAAGGAAGAGGUGAUGGUGCUGGAGAGAAUUUUGCUGCAGACUAUAAAGUUUGACCUGCAGGUGGAGCACCCCUACAUGUUUCUGCUGCGCUAUGUGAAGCAGCUCAAAGGGGACAAGAAUAAAGUGUGCAAGGUGCUGCAAAUGGCAUGGACAUUUGUCAAUGACAGCUUGUGCACCAUGCUGUCUCUGCAGUGGGAGCCAGAGAUCAUUGCAGUAGCUGUCAUGUACCUGGCCGGACGCCUCUGCAAGUUCGACAUUCAGGAGUGGACUUCCAAGCAGUCGUCGCGUCGCUGGUGGGAGCAGUUUGUCCAGGAUGUCCCAGUGGAGCUGCUUGAAGACAUUUGCCACCAGAUCCUGGACCUUUACUCACAGGGCAAUAAGCCCAUCCCUCAGCAGAUGCAGGAGAAGGAUCGACCACCUCUACCUGUACUCCCUGCUCCUCCUGUCCCACAGGGACCGCCCCCCAUCUCCAACCCUCCUCCUCCACCACCAAAAAAGACAUCGCCUCAGAGUAGCAGCCCUGCUCGGCAGCUCAAACGCUUACAUACGUCCCCCAAAGAUGAACCAAAGCCUCCAGAACAAGUUGGGUCAAAGAUUCCAAGGCUGGAGAGUCCAAUGCCGCCUCUGCCUACGUCACAGCCUCCCCCAGAACGAAAAGCUCCAUUGCCAGCGCCUCCCACAGAGGCGGAGCCAGUGAGUGAGGCUGCUCCUCCACUCCCACACGCUCCACCUCCACAUCAGCCCCCUCCACUGCCCCAUCGCCCGCCUCCGCCACCACCCACCAACUACAUCAUGUCCACCACCAGCUCCUACAUGUCUGGAGAGGGCUAUCAGAGCCUGCAGUCAAUGAUGAAGACAGAGGGUCCCUCCUACGCUCCCAUGCCACCCACCUAUGCGCCCCCAAUCCCACCAUACCACCCCCACGUCUAUCCUCCACCUGCAGCACCGCCUCCAGGCCCCCCGCCUCCUUCCAACUACCCACCACCCAACUUGCCUCCAACAUAUCCGCCUCCAGGUUACAACAGUUACCCUCCGGCACCGCCUCCACGCAUGCCACCCGGCCACGUGCCCCCUCCUGGGAUGGGCCUCCCACCUACAGGUUACCCUCCACCUCCUGUGCCUCCAGGACAGUCACAGGUCCCGCUGCCACCUCCACCUGUCAUGGCCCUGAACCGUGGUGGGUGGAUGAGAUGAAAGUGUGAUGACAGUUCAUGAACUGAGGCUGUGCAGAGCAACAGCUGUGGAGAGAAAACUCUGAAGAGAGAACAACCAGCAACCUCUGUUAUUCUGGUACUAACACAGACAUAGGAGCUUCUUUUUCUUCUGUUUUUUUUCCCCCUUCACUAUGAGUUUUGAUAAACAGCUCCCAGUGUUGUCAAGAAAUGCUUAUCAGCAAAUCGACUUAAAAGGAAAAUUGGGGUCUGGACAGUGUUGUUGUGAGAGCCAGAAGUGGUGCUGAAGGUUUGAAGAAAAAAUCCUGAAUUAAACACACACAGGAGAGACUGCAGUGUAACCACUCUCCAGGAUCUUCUGACCAACAUUGUUUUUGAGAAUGUACCAGGAAUUUCUGUUAUGUUAUAAUGUUACCAGAGGCGCUCCUUCACUAAUCAUAGGGGGAUUAAGUGAACCUUUUUCACCGAGUGGAUCAAAGUUUGAGUCUCAUUUCCUUCUCAGGUUUCCCUGAAUCUUCAGUUGCCCAGAGUUUUUCGUGUCUCCACAGUCUUAGUUCAGCGUGAAGUAGUCUAAUAUAUACCUGUGUAUACAUAUAUAUAAACAAAGACUGAAGAAAACAUGCUGUAUAUUUUAACAUGUUGAUGAAUGUGCAGUGUACAUGCACUUGCUGUAUGUUCUUUUCAUCUCUUUCCGUUUUAUUCUGUGUAAGCCCUGAGAUCAUGUUGCCAGGUGUUUCUGCAACCACUGGAAGUUUUUUUUUUUUCUUCUUUUCCUGUUCUAUUAUUGUUUAGUGUCCAACAAUAUAACAACACCACAGAGACUCUGAGAUCAUUGAACACUGAGGUCACAGUUGAAGGUAUAUAUGUCUCAUGUGGACAGAUAGUUUUUUGUUUGUAGUUUCCAUCCAUAUAAUGUGCCUUAGUCAGAUUUCCCUUUUCUCUGUCCUGUGCACGGCUUUGGUUUUGUGUCAUAGUGGCACUUAGACAACAAAAAUAACAAUAAAAUCUUGUUUUUCCUACUUAAAA